AUGGCUACCGUAAAGGGAAUCCGUAGAAUUUUCGGCGACAGAGAAUUAAAGUUUUGCCUCGAACUACGCAUAAAUACACGAUAUCAUACAUGUGGAUGUCAAGCAAAUAGAUCUCUUCUUUCAAUAAGACCAAAUAGAACAAAAUCGGCCUUUGCAGUCGGCUCCAUUCAUGGCUUAUUCUCGGCGCAGACCAGCCGGUCAAUCCACACAACCUCAUCCUACCUAGCGAACAAAAAGGACUUCUAUGACGUUCUCGGUGUGUCAAAGAAAGCAAGUCAAAAAGAUAUAAAGAAAGCUUAUUAUAAGCUUGCGAAGCAGUAUCAUCCUGAUGUGAAUAAAGACGAUGCAUCCUCCGCCAAAAAGUUCCAGGAAGUUUCUGAGGCUUAUGAGAUUUUAGGCGAUGACACGAAACGACAACAAUAUGAUACGUUUGGUACGGCCGGAAACAACAUGGGUGGCGCCGGUGGCUUUAAUCAGGCGGGAGGGUUCGGCCAGGGCGGAGGAUUCCAAGGAGGGUUUCAUGCAAAAAUGGACCCUGAAGAACUGUUUAGGCAGAUAUUCGGAGAUGGCUUUGGAAAGGGUGGAUUCCAGACUGGGAACUUUGAGGAUUUUUCAGAGUCGAAUUUUGGCUUUGCUCCUGCAUCUGAGGUGAUUUUAAAUCUAACAUUUCAAGAAGCUGCACGAGGAGUUAAUAAGAAUAUCAACCUGAAUGUGAAAGACACCUGCCCCAAGUGUCAGGGCUCGCGAGCUGAACCGGGCACGAAGCCGGUGCGCUGUCCUUAUUGUAAUGGAACCGGAAUGGAAACAAUCCGGACUGGGAGUUACUUCAUGCACACCACGUGUACACGUUGUUAUGGCACGCGGGUGCACAUCAAGUAUCCGUGCUCUGGUUGUGCUGGCAAGGGCCAGACAUUGAUGAGGAAGACCGUCAUGGUUCCAGUACCUGCCGGGGUGGAGGAUGGACAGAGUAUAAGAGUUACUGUUGGCAGGAAGGAGGUGUUUGUUGUACUAAGGGUAGCUAAAAGUAGUACGUUUCGACGAGAAGGUGCCGACAUCCACUCGGACGUUGGCAUUAGUUUAGCGCAGGCUGUAUUAGGAGGAUCUUUACGAAUACCAGGGCUUUAUGAUGACAUUCUUUUACAAAUUCCUGCAGGCACCCAGUCGCAUACUCGUAUCCGCCUGGCGGGGAAGGGCGUCAGUAAAGUCAACAGUUAUGGUUACGGUGACCACUAUGUCCACAUCAAGAUCAAAGUUCCUAUUAAAUUGGACCAGAAGCAGAAGGCGCUGCUGUUAGCUUAUGCCGAGAGUGAAAAGGGCAUCCAGGGGACUGUCACGGGAGUCACCAACACCGAUUCUGGUAAAUUUACGAUAGAUGAUCCGGACGGUCUCGUUGCGCAGAUUCGUACAAUUCUAAACUAUGAGAAGACUCUACCAGCAGAUGAGCCGAUAAAGGAAAAUGAAAGUGAGGAUGGACCAAUUAGCGAGGAGGAAAAGUCUCUACCAGCAGAUGAACCGAUAAAUGAUAAUGAAAGUGAAGAUGGACCAAUUGGCGCGGAGGAUAAGACUCUACCAGCAGAUGAACCGAUAAAUGAAAAUGAAAGUGAAGUUGGAUCGAUUGGCGAGAAGGAAAAGAUAAAAGGAUAAAUGGAUUAAAAAUUGUUGUCAUUUCAUAAUGAUUUAGAAUUCUAAGGAUGUGACACUUGAUCAGUUGGUUUUCAAAUGAUCACAUUGGGGUGAUAUAUGACAAAUGUACUGUAGCCCAUGACCAACCUGUAGUGAUCAUUCAUCAUCAUCAUCAGUUGGCUGUACAGCAGGCGGCCACAAGCUUCCUCCAUCAAACCCUUUCCUGGGCUAGGGCCUCAAUUCGCCUUGGUUCCAGUAGUCCAAUCUUCUAGCACUGCUUGGAUGUCAUGUUAACUUGCAGCCCGAGCGUUUUCUGCCAUCGUCUGCUGCUAUGGGGCAUACGACUUCUUGGGUUGCCAUUAGUGUUGUGUUCCGCAGAAAAAACAGUAGAUGGUGUUGCAAAUGAUGUAUAGGCAAUCGAGCUAAACUGUUGCAUUUGAAACCUGUAGUAAUGAUGCAAAGCUUCUGAUAAUCAUUGUACUCAUCACUUAACAGUCAUAAAGUGUUGGAAUAUUUGCAGCUUUGGCAGGUGACAUGUAAAUAAACAAUUUAACUGGUUCUCACAUUAUCCAACCAGGUGAAAUACAAAGUCAUUUGACUCUUUUUUCUCCUGGGAGAAUAAAUUCAGGGAUUUCCAAAAGCAAAAAAGUUGGGCCAAAUCUGCUGUAUUGUACUAUCAGAAUUGCUAAAUUUGACAUCCCGGCGUAAUCAUUGGAAAUAAGCCUAUCAGUAAGCUCUGUUGUGUUGUCAAUUUACUUUUGGAAGUUGGUGAAUGCUGCUAUUUCCCUUGAGACCGAUUCUCAUACUUUCUUUUGCAUGGCUUAGUUACGUAGUUACUUCACAAAUGACUGAGUGUCCAACUUGGAAUAGACAAACUUUCCAGAGAUUGACUUGUCUGUUGAUGCAUGCGCUGGGCACAAGUGAUGUCCUUAGAACUGGUGUUGGAGUUGAGGGCUGUUCAUUUAGGGCCCUUUACUAAAUGCACGGCCUCUGGUAAGAUUUUUCAUUAUGUUAAGAUUGUUCAUGAUGUGAUAUACAGUUUAAAAAUUGUAAGUAUGAAUUAGUGAUAUUAUUAAGUUAUACACCUGGUGUACGGGAUGAUCCAAACGAUUGAUAGUGAUAUGUUCAUGAAUAAAAGAUUAA